UCCUCCUCCUCCAGAUUGGUCAGCGGUCCUUAGGCUCACGACCCUCUUGCCGGCCCCCACCCGGUCUUCCCGUGGGCGGCCGAGCCUCUGCGGGAGUGGGCCCCGCCCCCAUGUGACGCCGGGGAAUUGGCGACACCGUGCAGCCAUUUCCGGUUUCGGGGAGGUGGGUGGGGUGCGGAGCGGGACUUGGACCCGCCGCUGCUGCCUGAGCCGCCGCCUACAGAGUGUCUUGCGCCUGGUGCUGCCUGGACCAUGCGGCCGGAGCCCGGAGGCUGCUGCUGCCGUCGCCCGGUUCGGGCAAACGGCUGCGUGGCGAACGGGGAAGUGCGGAAUGGGUACGUGAGGAGCAGCGCUGCCGUCUCUGCCGCCGCAGCCGGUCAGACCCAUCACAUGACACAGAAUGGAGGACUGUAUAAGAGACCAUUCAACGAAGCUUUCGAAGAAACGCCCAUGCUGGUCGCUGUGCUUACUUACGUGGGGUACGGGGUGCUCACCCUCUUCGGGUAUCUUCGAGACUUCCUGAGGCACUGGAGAAUUGAAAAGUGUCACCAUGCAACGGAAAGAGAAGAACAAAAGGACUUUGUGUCAUUGUAUCAGGAUUUCGAAAACUUCUACACGAGGAACCUGUACAUGAGGAUCAGAGACAACUGGAACCGGCCCAUCUGCAGCGUGCCUGGGGCCCGCGUGGACAUCAUGGAGAGAGAGUCCCGUGAUUACAACUGGUCGUUCAGGUACACAGGGAAUACAAUUAAAGGUGUUAUAAACAUGGGUUCCUACAACUAUCUUGGAUUUGCACGGAAUACUGGAUCGUGUCAAGAGGCAGCUGCCAAAGUCCUAGAGGAGUAUGGAGUUGGUGUGUGCAGCACUCGGCAGGAAAUUGGAAACCUGGACAAGCAUGAAGAACUAGAAAAGCUUGUGGCGAGUUUCUUGGGAGUAGAAGCUGCUAUGGCAUAUGGCAUGGGAUUUGCUACAAAUUCAAUGAACAUCCCUGCUCUUGUUAGCAAAGGUUGCUUGAUUCUGAGUGAUGAACUGAACCAUGCAUCGCUGGUGCUAGGCGCCAGGCUCUCAGGAGCAACCAUUCGGGUCUUCAAACACAACAAUAUGCAGAGCCUAGAGAAGCUGUUGAAAGAUGCCAUUGUGUACGGUCAGCCUCGGACCCGAAGGCCCUGGAAGAAGAUUCUGAUCCUUGUGGAGGGAAUAUAUAGCAUGGAGGGAUCUAUUGUCCGCCUUCCUGAAGUGAUUGCCCUUAAGAAGAAAUACAAGGCAUACUUGUACCUAGAUGAAGCUCACAGCAUCGGGGCUCUGGGCCCCACAGGUCGAGGUGUGGUAGAUUACUUUGGCCUGGACCCUGAGGAUGUGGACGUUAUGAUGGGAACAUUCACCAAGAGCUUUGGUGCUUCUGGAGGAUACAUUGGAGGCAAGAAGGAGCUGAUAGACUAUCUGCGAACACAUUCUCACAGCACAGUGUACGCCACGUCGCUGUCGCCUCCCGUGGUGGAGCAGAUCAUCACCUCGAUGGAGUGCAUCAUGGGGAAGGACGGCACCACCCGCGGCAAAGAGUGUAUACAGCAGUUAGCUGAAAAUACCAGGUAUUUCAGGAGGCGCCUGAAAGAGAUGGGCUUCAUCAUCUAUGGAAAUGAAGAUUCUCCGGUGGUGCCUUUGAUGCUCUACAUGCCAGCCAAAAUCGGUGCCUUUGGACGGGAGAUGCUGAAGCGGAACGUUGGAGUAGUUGUGGUGGGAUUUCCCGCUACCCCGAUUAUCGAGUCCAGAGCCAGGUUCUGCCUGUCAGCAGCUCAUACCAAAGAAAUUCUCGAUACUGCUUUAAAGGAGAUAGACGAAGUUGGGGACCUGUUACAGCUGAAGUAUUCCCGUCAUCGGUUGGUGCCUCUGCUGGACAGGCCCUUUGAUGAGACUACAUACGAAGAAACAGAAGACUGAGCCUUUUUGGUGCUCCCUUAAAGAAACUCUCCUCACCCAGGACAGUGUGUGGCCUUUCUGAGCCAGUUCCAGGAACCACACCUCUGUGGCCAUCUCAUGUGAAAGACAUUUCCUCAACUACUGACGGUGGCCACCUCCAUUCUACAUGGCAUUUUGUAAAUAGUGGGAAAAAACUGCUUCACAUCUUCCUUUGCUACAUUUCACCUUUUAAAAGAGGUGACUCACUUUGCUUUUUUGUUCAUUAAAAAAUGUUUUAUUUUA